CACUGCUCUGAAAAAUGUUUUCGUGACGAAUUUUUUUGGUUUUUUAAAGCUUGAUGGUAUUCUACAUAAUUUGGUAAAACAAAGGCAGUCUAAACAUGACACUGUAAAGCUAGUGUUUUCUGUCUUCCUUAUAAAUAGAAAUUUCUUCCCUUUCCAAAGAAUUUUUGUGCUUUCAUACAGAUAGAAGCCUAAUUAAUCAUGAGAUGAAAUGAAAUACAGUUAGAUCUCCAUUAUCUUUUUCAGGGAAUCCGAGCCCGAAUUUUAGAAACUCUGGUCAUGCUUGUCCUGCUUGCGCUCCUCAUCCUGGGGAUGGUGUGGGUGGCCUCCGCGCUCGUUGACAAGGACGCCGCGAGCAUGGAGUCUUUGUACGAUCUCUGGGAGUUCUACCUACCCUAUUUAUAUUCCUGUAUAUCUCUGAUGGGAUGUUUGUUACUUCUCCUGUGUACCCCUGUUGGCCUUUCCCGCAUGUUCACAGUGAUGGGUCAGUUGCUGGUGAAGCCAACAAUUCUUGAAGACCUGGAUGAACAGAUUUAUAUUAUUACCCUAGAGGAGGAAGCACUGCAGAGACGACUAAAUGGACUGUCUUCAUCAGUGGAAUACAAUAUAAUGGAGUUGGAACAAGAACUUGAAAACGUGAAGACUCUAAAGACAAAAUUAGAGAGGCGAAAAAAAGCUUCAGCAUGGGAAAGAAAUUUGGUGUAUCCUGCUGUUAUGGUUCUCCUUCUUAUUGAGACAUCCAUCUCGGUCCUCUUGGUGGCUUGUAAUAUUCUUUGCCUGUUGGUUGAUGAAACAGCCAUGCCAAAGGGAACAAGGGGUCCUGGAAUAGGAAAUGCUUCUCUUUCUGCUUUUGGUUUUGUGGGAGCUGCACUUGAAAUCAUUUUGAUUUUCUAUCUUAUGGUGUCCUCUGUUGUCGGUUUCUAUAGCCUCCGAUUUUUUGGAAAUUUUAUUCCCAAGAAGGAUGACACAACUAUGACAAAGAUCAUUGGGAAUUGUGUGUCCAUCUUGGUCUUGAGCUCUGCACUCCCUGUGAUGUCAAGGACACUGGGAAUCACUAGAUUUGAUCUACUUGGAGACUUUGGAAGGUUUAAUUGGCUGGGAAAUUUCUAUAUUGUAUUAUCCUACAAUUUGCUUUUUGCUAUUGUGACAACAUUGUGUCUGGUCAGAAAAUUCACCUCUGCUGUACGAGAAGAACUUUUCAAGGCCCUAGGGCUUCAUAAGCUUCACUUAUCAAAUACUUCAAGGGAUUCAGAAACAUCAAAGCCGUCAGCAAACGGGCAUCACAAAGCACUGUGAGAUAUGCAGCAGCACUCUGCCAUCAAGAGACCCGGGAGCCCCAACUCCCACCGUCCCCGUCAGUCAGAAAUGACGCGCACUGACUGGGCUUCACAUUUAGGGCCUGGGCCUGGCAGCGCCAUUUCUUUAAUAACCUCCUAAGAACUUGGCUGCUGCAGGCCUUCUUCUCAUUUAACUGUGUGAUGGACCCCACAGUUUCCAGCCAAACGCAGGCUUCGUAGGGCAGCACAUUUUUCUGUGGACACAUUUGCUUGCAGCACUUGAUACAGUCACCCAUAUGCGAAUGUUAGAAAAGGCAACUUCGGGGCUUUCUAAGAAUUCAGGUAAAUCCCAAUAUAUAUUUUAUUCAAAAUGGAGAACCUGACAUGAAAGGCAUCCUUGGUACUUGGAUACGAAGUGAAGGCCCUGCAAAAAUGCGAGUUUUAUAGAUGCCGUUACUGCAGUGGGUGCAUUGGAACGGUGGUGUGCAAAUGCUAUUUUUCACUUCCUUGAAGAAAAAGACAAAAGCGUAGUUCUGGUUUAUAUUUCAGAAUGAUACUGAUUGGACUUUGAGUCAAGAGAAAAAUAUGAAAUUCUUUUGAAAACCUGAUCCAUGGUAGAACACCAUGGGAAUACCUUCCACUGUACAGUAUAGUAAGCCAAGUAGGAAGUCUUCUGUAAUCAUAGUUCUCUGACCUCUUAUGUGUGUAGAAUUCAGUAUUACCUCUCAUAACAUAGUUGCCAGUGUCGAAUACACUUGUAACUUAGAUUUUGCCUUAUAGGCUAUCUGUACACUUGAUUUUUUUUAAGCUUUUUUUCAAAAAUCCCUCAAUUCCUUGUGCUCUUGUGUCCGUUAUGGAAUUACCAAUGCUCUGUGGUAGAAACUCCUUCUGUCAACAUAUUCUUCAGGUCUUGGUUACUUUUGUAUAUGCUGGUUUAAACCUCGGAUUUAUAAAAGUACUAGUUUAACACCCAGAUACACAGAGUCGGCAUUCAUGAGGUAAGAAUAGUUUCUCAGUGUUUCAUGAUCUGAUAAAUCAUUCAGUUAUGAAAUUGUAAAUAAUUCUGGGGAUGGCUUCUUGACUUUAAGUCCAUUGAAUAAAAGCUAUAAAAUUGUACUCUGUUUUACCAUCCACUAGGAUAGAGUACUGAAAAUUGUGCAUGCGGAAAUAAGAGAUGAGCCCCUUUGCACACACUUUGGAGUUGUGCAGUCUCUAUAAAUACGUAUGUUCACAUGCACUAUGUGUACGGCAACAGAUUGUCUGUGUUCAGACAAACGUAAAAGAACAUUUUUCUCAAAUUGUUGAGUUUAAAGGGUUUUUUUUGGGAGAAAUUUAUGAAAAUCAGGCUGUAUAUAUUUGACAUAAAAGAUUUCCACUUAGAGCCAAAAUAAUAAGAAAAAUUUAUCUGUGUAUUCCUAAGUUCCAUUGAGUAUACCUCUCCUUUAUUUAUACCUCUGCAUUUCCUUCUGAGCUUCUCUUCUCAUUAAAAGACAGCCCAGUUUUAAGAUAAAAGAACAUUUUGUGAUUCUAAACAACACUCCGUAAAUACCACCAGUCUAGUAUUGGUGAAUCUCUCUGCAUAGGAUCUGCAUACUGAGAAAAUUAAUAGAAGUUGGUUGUUUCCUAAUUUCACUGGUAAUUACACCUAUUUAAACAUUAAUUGCAAGCUUUGAUUUUUACUGAAACUUGCUUGCAGGCAAUCCAUAUUUUGAGCAGACUAGGUCAAGGGGAGAAGAAAAAGAAAGUUCUUUAAAUAAAAGAGCAUCGCUUGUAACUUAACACUGGUUUCUGGGCACAUUCGUAGGAAGUUCUGGGGUAUUUGUAAGAUGUCUGAAAAUUUCUGAGUAAAAUAUUAAACUUUUCGAUGUCUGUAUCAAUUCUUUGUUCAUUUGAAAGUUUCUUUCCAUCGGAAAACUUAGGCCAGGUUUGAUUAGUAAGCAGUGAUAUGUAUUAUAAAUUCCUACAGCUGUUACUGGGUGCAUCUUCAUUGCCUUUGAGACAGAGGAUAUGCCUCACAUGGAGGGACAGUUUUGAACCUUGGGUCUCAGAUGCCUUUUAUGGGAACAGUUGCAGGUGGUUAUAUACUCUGCUGCAUGAUUACAGCCACUUCUGGGGUUCUAUAAAGAGUAUAUUCCUGGUUACGUACACAAGAGUCUUCCUCUUGAGUGAGGGACUUAGCAAAUGCAGGUGCUUCUAUUGGACACACACUGGAGGCUGGCUGCAUGAGGCCGUGACAGAAAUUGGUGACAGCACACUGAGGCCAAGCACUUGAACUCUGGUAAGGACAGGCGCCCCUCAGGUCUUUGAUUUGUUGCAGUUACUGUGCUAGCGAGGGAGGACGCAGAUGGCCUGAUGCCAGGGCGCCCUGUGCCCGCGGUCAGAGCGGCCCCGGGGAUGGCCAUUUUGUUCUCUUUGGGUGGGGGGGUCUAGGUGACUGUGUGAAGUCAGACGUUCUGUUGACUCUUUCUCACCUUUGGCUCAACUUUAAAGGGGCAUUAGACACGUCUGUAGUAAAAAAGUUUCUUGAGGAGACUUAGCCAAUUCUUAAUUGGUUCUGCAAUACUUAUUUUAAAAUUAUAAAUUUUAUAGGUUAUAACAUUUGUAAUUUUUACCGACUUUUCCAAGAUAUUUCUUAGAUUCAGUAUUUACUUAGCUUUAUAUAUAUUCUAUAUAAAAAUAGACCUGCUCUAAAAGAAGAGACUAUGUGAGAAUCGCACGCACACGCACACUCGCGCACAUACAGGUUAGCUCCUUCAGUGCCACACUGAGAGAUUGAUUAGUGGAUAAGCAUGAAAUCUUCUGCAUGGUUUGACUCUUGGAUGUAUUCAAGGUGUGUACUGUGUACACCUGUUCUUAGGGGCAUUGACAUCGGCCUUGCUUUGCUGGAGCACAGUAGACCUCUCUGUGCCUCCAUAACCACUUAACCUGCUACAGCAUAGGCUUACAUCAUUUGAAAACCCUAUGUAGUUUUCUUUGUUGUUAGCACAGUAUUUAAUGUAUAAAGGCAGAGUUCUUAAAAUAAUUUUUUAAAAAUAUGAGCAUAUAUUCAGUACUGACUUUAAAAAAAACUGGUAUGAUGUUACUUUUAAAAUAAUGUUUAGAUGCACUGGUAUAUUACUUUUGUUUACAGUGUUUUGUUUACAGAUUGUCUUUUGGGCUCGUUUGUUUCUAUGAGAUAUUUUUAGUGUGACUUUUUAAAUGUCUUAGAAAUUAAAACGUUACAAAAAGUGA